CAAUUUUAUAUCAACCUCUUUGCCCUCCACACCAUUUUCAAAAUAAAAAAUAAUCAUGUUCAAUCCCUUACUUAGACAAUCGGUAAGAUCCAAAAUAUCCACUGGUCUUGGACUUCGUGGAGUCUUUCAAAACUCUUUCUCUCAUCAACCGGUUGGAGCUGUAGCUCGGACUUUGUCUAGACCUUCGACCAUUUCCAGAACUAAUAAUGGUGGAUUGAAAUUGCUUUUCGGGGCAACCAUUUCCUUUGUAGCGGUUAAUGCUAGUGGAUCGCGAAUUCUAAACGACGCAGCUUACUCUGCCGGUAGAUUGGAGUCCAAGAUCGCUUCCAGUAUUGAUGAAGUUGCCACCAAGGCCAAUCAAACCGCCACUGGAUCAAGAUUUGGUGGUCAAUUGAAUUAUAAUGAACUCACAAUUGGUUCUCUUACCGGUCUCUUUUUGGGGAUUAUUGCCGGGAAAUUGAGCUCAAUGAUUGUGUUUUUAACUCUUUCGGGCUACUUUUUAACUCAAUUCUUGGAAUCUAGAGGAAUCAUAUCGAUUCCAUGGGGUCAAAUGGUUCAAAUUGGUUCAGAAAGAAUUGAUCUUAAGCGCUUGGUAUUGGAGAAACCAAGUUUUAAAAUUCCAUUUGUAUUGACCUUUCUUAUUGCCGCCUACAAUAUUUAGAUGUACAUAGCAAAAGAUAACAAAAACAAUUUAAUAACAAACAUUACAUUGGAGGGUAUACUCUCCUCUUCUAC